ACAGUAAGUAUUCCCCUACUUCAUUGAAGCCAUCUCCAACCAUUCAUGAUUCAGCAACUCAUCAUGACCCCAAAAUCAGUAUUCAGUAUAGAAAUAGAAGAAGAAGAAGAAGAAGAAGAAUCCGAUCCCUUCUCUUUCAUGAAUGAGCAAAGGCUUAGAAAGGCGGUCUCCGAUGUCUCGUCCGAAAUAGGCAAGUAUAGGAAGGAGUUGGAAGCCAUUACAAAGAUUGAUGAAGUCAAGCAAGCAGAAUGUGAAUGCUGUGGACUCGUUGAGGAUUGCACCCCGGAUUACAUUGUAGAAGUGAAAGAUUCUUAUUCCGACAAAUGGGUAUGCGGCCUUUGUUCAGAAGCUGUCAAAGAAAGGCUAAUCCAUGGGCCAAGAAUCACCAUGGAAGAAGCUGUGAGCUCCCACAAGGACUUUUGCCAGAAGUUCAAUAAUACUACUAGACUCAACCCUAAGCUCUCAUUAACAUGCACCAUGAGGGAUAUAGUUAAAAAAAAAUCUGAGAAUAGAGAUUCCAAGACAUUGGUCACACCAAAGCUCGGUCGAACCAUUAGCUGUGUCCCCAGGAUCAAUGCCAACAUGAAAUAAGUAGCUUGAUUCUGUCAUUUUAAGUUGUGUUCAUAUCUAUAUCUAUGUAUAUAUUGCCUGAAAAUUAAGUUGGAGCUAUGCUAAUGGUUUGCUUAGGCUGUACUAA